GCUGAUCAGAGGGAAAUGCAAGUGCCGGGCACUGAUGAUCAGUGCCCUGAUGAUCGGUGCCCAGCAGUGGCACCCGCAAGUUCCGCCCACCUGUGCCCAGCAGUGCGCCCACUAGCUCCACCCACCUGUGCCCAGCAGAUCACCCACCUGUGCCCAGCAGUGCACACCCACCUGUGCCACUCUGCAGUGUCACACACCUGUGCCCAGAAGUGCCACCUACCUGUGCCCAGCAGUACCACCCACCUGUGCCCACCCACCUGUGCCCACCAGUGCCACCCACCUGUGCCCACCCACCAGUGCCACCCACCAGUGCAGCCCAGCAGUGCUGCCAGUCAGUGCCACCAGUCAGUGCCCAGGGGUUGUGCCAGUCAGUGCCGCCAGUCAGUGCCCAGCAGUGAUGCCAGUCAGUACCGUCUAUCAGUACCCAUCAUCAGUGUCACCUAUCAGUGCCGCCUAUCAGUG